UAGAAGUGUUCGCGCAUGUUAGAUAACUCCCAACGAAAACAAACCUCCAGCGCUUUUACUUAGUUAGUAGCUACUACACAGCCCGGAGUCACACACCUGUACACUGCGUGAUAUCAAACAAGACACCGCUCGUAAAACCGUGCUAUAUAAUUUAAUUUUUCCGAGGCUGUGUUCACGUUGUGCCAAUUUAUGGACCCAGAUGUAAGCGUCCCAAGCGAUACCGUAAUGACGGAAGAGGAUACUCUUUAUCAUGAAGUCGAAGAUAUCAUGUGCGACCAAGGAAUAAUAUCGCAAGAACUGAACAUGGUGGACUUUGACUCCAAGGCAUCUCACGACAUUGUUCCUGUGGCACGCUUACGCGUGGCCAUCGCCGUCUUCGCCCGCACCCUCAUGCCAGCAGUAUUAAAAAUCUACUACAUCUACCUAAGAAACCAACAAUUCGUAGUAGACAACCUUCGGCACCGCUUCGUCCCCACGGUCAUCGCUUUCCUCGCCAACAGCCUCUCCGGCUCUUUAGCGUCCGUGCAGAAACACAUCCCCAACCCCCUGACUCGGCGUGCUAUGAAGAACAUCAGCGAAGAUCUCGCCCCCUCCAUCGAGGACCUCUCCACUAGUGACACUCUCCCGGAGGAAAGCGUGGAUUGUCAAGUCCUGUACAGCCCGAAGGAGGAUAUCCUAGCGGAUGUUAUUUUCAUCCAUGGUCUCCAUGGGGGGAUUGACAGGACGUGGAAGCAGGGGAGCUGGAGGCACGAUGGUCACAAACUCAACAAGCAGAUUCCCGUCAGGAGCAACUCCACGGGGAAUUUGUAUGUUCCGCCGAGGAAGCACUCGCUGAAGAGGACUCUUAGUGAUAUUUACUCCUCGAGGGUGCAGGUUAAGGUCGCGAGGAAGGAGGAUGAGGUGUGUGUGGUUCGGAAGGAGGGGGAGUGGGAGAUUAUAGAUGACGUGAAUGUGAGUGGAGAUGACUGUUUCUCGCAAUGUUGGCCUCAGGAUUGGCUGCCGAAGGACUGUCCAGGGGUUAGGGUGAUAGCUUUGAAUUAUACGACGGAUGUGUUGUGGUGUCCGGUUUGGAAGAAGAAGAGGCAGCGGACCGAUAUGGUCGAACGAAGCGACGAGAUGAUCGACUCACUGCGUCAACUGGGAGUCGGGAACCAACCCAUCAUAUGGGUGGGCCACUCCAAAGGCGGCCUCUUCAUAAAACAAAUAAUCAUGAAUGCUUGGGAACGUCACAGAGAUCACCCGGAAAAAUUCCGGAUUUUCCAGAACUCGAAAGGCAUCAUGUUCUACAGCGUCCCCCACAAGGGAUCCGUCUUGGCCGACUUCACCCUACCUUUACUUAGACGCAGCGUCGAACUCAUCGAAAUACAAAGAAACUGCGAGUUCGUCCUGGACUUACACCGCCGGUUUCUAGAUUUGUGUAGAAAAGGAUACUUGGAAGCCGACAUUUUUAGCUUUAUUGAGACGUCGUUCACUCUAAUGUCGUUCGUGUAUUUGAAAAUAGUGGCGUAUGAGUCAGCUGAUCCUGGCGUCGGAGUUAAAUGCGACGUGCCGUUAGAUCACCGAGAAAUAUGCAAACCCGCCGGAAGAGAUUGUUUUUUAUAUUUAGAAUUAAUUAAAAUAAUUAAGAAAUAUAUGUCAAGUGAUACGCUAUCCGAUUAGGGCGAUAAUCGCCUGUUAGUUUGAUUCAAAUUGUGAUGCUAGUCUAAGUAUAACCAGUUUUGAGAUUUCUUAUUACUUGAACUAGAAUCUAUGUUCUCAGGUAUUCCUUAUUUAUCAUUCCUGUGUCAGUAUUUGCUGUUAUUUAUUACAAUUGGUUGUAACCGUGUUUACGUUUAGUUAAGAUCUUUAAUACCUACCUGCUAGAACGAAAACUGAAUGUAAAUAUUGUGAAUGCAACGUGUGCCAUUACCAAAGAUUGUUUUUUACUAAAUAAGACCUAAUCAGAGCUAUAUUUUUCUAAAUUGCGUAGGUAGUGUUAGUAAAAAAUACUAUGCUUCAGAAAUUUUGCACCCACACCAAAAUUUUAUGUGGGUGCAAGUACGACGUUCCUAAGUGAUAAAUUUCGUCGAAGAAUGUUACCUAAAUUCUACUAAUGUGAUUUCGUACCUGUAGCUUGUCACCAAUAAAACUCAGCACGCAUUUA